GAUUUGAAAGUGUUUAUUCAGUCUAGGAAUUCCUUAACCUUUUGUCUGUCAAUCUUGGGCUGCCAUCUCUCACAUUCAGCUUGUACUUCCUCAUUGUUGUAGAUUUUCUUGCCAUGUGUUUCUAGUCUUUCUUUGUGGCCUGGACCUGCUUCCAUCUCCUGUACAUGUUUUUUCUUUCAGGUUGUCACUUUUCGUGGAGCCAUGCGAGCUUCCUCUUCUACACUUUUUUCUUGUUGGAAUUGUUUGUAGUUGUGCUUGAAGAAUCUUUUUCAAGCUUUCCUGCUCCUCUUGGACUCCCUUUUCUCUGAAGACAGUAAUGGUUUCUGCAAAGCAGUUGGCUGAUUUUGGCUACAAGGCAUUUUCAAGCUCCAUGAUACUCCUUACACUAUAUGGUGGCUACCUCUGUAGUGUCAGAGGAUAUAGGCAUUUUCUGAACAAGCAAGCACUGAAGCAACUUGAACAGCAAGAGAUGAACACAGCAGCUGUUAAGGACUGAACAGAAUCCCAAUCUCCCUCCAUAGGAUGUUUAAUGAACAUGGCACCAAUACACUGCAGCAGAUACUCCUAUCAAAAGUGCAGCUCUGCAGAUCUCACCACAAAGCGAGGGCAUUGUGAACUGUGAUGUUUAAAAAGAUGGAAACACCUGUGGAAUUCUGUAGCCAUUAAAUAUCUUGCUUGCA